UAAAACACUCCACUUCACCCACCAAACCAAAGCAAAAGGGAAAGAAAGAGAAGAACAAGAGAUAGCUUCAAUUUCGCAGUUUCAUAGCAAUAAUCGCCGCAAAAAUCCAAAAUUUUCAACCCCUUUUCCUUUGCAAUUUCAUUCUCCAACCAUCUAUCUACUCUCCUCAAUUUCUCACUCCAAGGUGAGCAAGAGCAACAGUGCUUUGAUCCAUAUUACAAAUGAGGGAUGGUACUGUUUCAUGGAUGCAGUGAAGCUUCUGAAAACAUAGUUGGUGUGGUGCUGUUGGAGACUAUUUUUCUCAAACCAUGCAUGUAGCACCAUCUAGUUUUCAUUGAUCAGUUGAAGAGUGGGAGAAAUCUGAAGCUAGUUGGAAUAAUGGGUUCUGUUUGUUGUUGUUUGAGCUUUGAUGAUUAUGAAGAUUAUGUAAAUCCAAAUAGUACUGUGUAUAGGAAUUGCCCGUGUCUCAGUUGCUUGGUUCAGAAUCUUUUGAAUGUGUAUGCAUCAAUAUUUCGUAGAGGGGAAGCACAUUCAGUUCCUUCAUCUCUUCAGGGGACAGCGUCCAUGACUUCUGCCGCAUCACUUGAUAAUUCUCUAUCUGACAUGUACCGUUCUCCUCCAAGGCCUUUACCUUAUGAUGCAGAGCCUCGGUUUUUCCGCUCGCAGCGUGAUGGACUAGUUUCAAGGCGUGAGAAAAGUUCAAGCCAUUCAAAUGACGAAACUGAACCUCUAAGAAGUGACACAGAUGUGGAUCCAGAACCUUUACAUUCAUCAGAGAAAUGGAAUGAAUGUGCCUGUGAAGAUGAAUCAAAGAUAUACCGUUCUAAGUCCGCAUUAAAACUUUCAUCAGCAAAAUAUACAACCGGAGUUGGACUCAUUUAUGCAUCGUCGGAAGACGAGGAUAUUUGUCCAACUUGUCUUGAAGAGUACACUAAAGAGAAUCCAAAGAUAAUGACAAAAUGCUCUCAUCAUUUUCACCUUGGUUGCAUCUAUGAGUGGAUGGAGAGAAGUGACAAUUGUCCAGUUUGUGGGAAGGAAAUGGAUUUCGAUGAAACGACGUACACUUGAUUGAUUUGGGUGGUGCAUAAAGGAAGCAACAGAGGAAAGGAAGGAUAUAAAAGUAUAGACAUUGUGAAUAAUGAAAGAUGAAGUGUUUGUAUAUGUAUAUGAAAGUUUUUCUUAAUUGUUGUGAGUUCAAUCUUACUGCUCAUGUGUUUUUUAGAUUGAAGCUUGUCUCCUUGUCUGAAACAACUGUGAAGGAAAAAAAAGUGAUUUAGAUGGAAACUUUGUCAAUGCAGCACCAUGUUGAUCUAUUAUUGCUCUGUUGUUUACUGUAAGGUUUGGUGUUUUCCAAGCCAUGAGUUCUACAAUUCAUCUUGAAGAAAAGUCAUGUAUGCAUAUAUAAAAGAUCAAAUUACACCAAAUAGUUACACUAA